CUACAAAUACUUCAAUGACUUGGCACGGCAGGCGCACUCAUCGAAGAUUUCACUGCGACACACUGCGCUCGAAGGACUUUGUCCACCACGCGAUCCGCCUACCUGCAUGCCCGCCUCGGCGCGUUACCGCACACACGAUGGUACUUGCAACAGCAAACGUCGGCCACGAUGGGGUGCCGCACAAAUGCCAUUCAAUCGUUUUUUGCCACCGGAGUAUGGCGAUGGCGUCGACUCGAUACGGCUGUCUGUAGAGGGUGGAGCUUUAGCCUCUUCGCGCUUCGUCAGUCUGUUGGUGCAUGGUGCGCGUGAUGGUGAAGCUGUUGUAACGCUGAUGACCGCGCAAUGGGGACAGCUGCUCGAUCACGAUAUGACAUCAACAGCGCAACCGAGGUCGAUCAAUGGCUCGGUGCCGAGCUGCUGCGGCAAUACCGAUUUCCACCCGUCUUGCUUUCCCAUCAAAGUGCCGUUGGAUGAUCCUUGGUUGGCGCCGCUCAAGGUGCGCUGCUUGGAAUUUUUGCGCUCCGCGCCAGCACAGCGCAGAGACUGCGUGCUUUCGUGGCGCGAACAAACCAAUCAAGCCACCUCAUACAUAGACGCCUCGCCCAUUUAUUCGAACAGCGUCAAGUCGUCCGACAAUGCGCGGGUCUUCCGCAAUGGCCUGUUGGUGUAUGGUCGCGGUAAUCCUGCGGAGGAUGUGUGUCAUCGCGGCGCUAUAGCCACGCAGUGCAUACGCGCUGGUGAUGGGCGCAGCGGCGAACAGCCGGGCUUGUUGGCAUUACACCACGUCUGGGUUGGGGAGCAUAAUCGCAUUGCAAUGGAAUUGAGUGAAAUGAACUUGCACUGGAGUGACGAAAAGAUUUAUCAGGAAACGCGUCGCAUAAUAGGCGCCAUGUUUCAACACAUUACCUACAGGGAGUUCUUGCCGAUUGUGUUGGGACGCGAGGUGUGCAGAUUGUUUGACUUAGAAUUGCUGAGCAGUGGCUUUUACCAAGGCUACGAUCCCAAAACGAAUCCAACUGUAGCGAAUUCAUUUGCAGCAGCCGCAUUUCGGUUCGGACAUUCGUUGGUGCAAAAUUCCUACAUGCGCUGUGACCGGUUUCACAAUUUUAUGCGAAACAAUGUCAGCCUACACGAGGAAUUCCAGCGUGGUGACAUUGGGUCGCCGGGCUCGCUGCAUCGCCUGUUACGUGGCUUAGUGAACCAGCGUGCGCUCAAGCGUGAUGAGUUCAUAACACCAGAGCUGACUAAUCAUCUUUUUCAAACCCCAGGAUUCCCCUUCGGUUUGGAUUUAGCGGCCAUUAAUAUACAACGCGGUCGUGAUCAUGGUGUACCACCCUACACCUCGUGGCGUGUACCAUGUGGGCUCACGCCCAUAAACAGUUGGGAAGACUUCGCCAAUGUCGUUGGGCCACAGUCUGCGCAGCGCAUUAGCCAUGCCUAUCGCAGUGUCCACGACAUUGAUCUUUUUGUCGGCGGUAUAGCUGAACGUCCUGUGGUGGGCGGGCUCGUAGGUCCGACAUUCGCUUGCAUCAUUGCUCAGCAAUUCAGCAAUUCGCGCAAAGGUGAUCGUUUCUGGUAUGAAAAUGGCGGCUUUGAAAAUUCGUUCACACCUGCGCAACUGCAAUCAAUUAGACAGGUUUCAUUGGCGCAGGUUCUUUGUCGUACCGUUGGUGGUGGUACCAUGCAACCGCAUGUAUUCUUGCCUACAGAUAUUGCAGGAAAUGAGCGCCAAGUGUGCGGCACAGGCGCAUUGGCGCUCCUCGACUUGAGUCCGUGGAUCGAACAAGAUCCUUUCGCGACCGUUACUACAAAUACAGCACACGAACCAGACCGCGUUUUCGAGAUUAUAACUACUAACAAAAUGACCGAGACCGCGCCGACUGUCUCAUUGCAGGUGGUUAAAGAGAAUAAGGCCGGGUUUUCAAAUCGCAUACGCCCAACAGACCAUACGAACUUGGUGGCCACAGGCAUCAACAGUUUUGUGACGGGCGUUCAAGUGCCUGGCGAAGUGAUUCACAUAAGCGACAAACUGGACAUUCGACAGAAAGUUUCGCCCGCGAAGCGACCUACUGUGACAGCAAAACCAAUCAAGGGUAUAAAUAAUAAGCUUGAUAAGAAUCCAUCACGACGACCGCAAAGUACACGACGCACGACAGCGGUAGUGAAUAACAUACCAAUAGAAUUACGAAGUGUCGGAACAGAUGAGACUGGACCUAACAUCAUUGAGACUAAGUCAAAAGGCAUUUCCAUU